AAUAGAAAUACACAAAAAUGAUGCUAUAUACACACAAUUUCUGAAAUAAAUAAGGUGCUGUCAGGUAUAAUUGACUGCUUGCACUUUACUCGACUGGAGGAGGCAGGUAUGGACCUGAAUAUGUCACAAACACGGAGGGUGAAAGGUCUCUGAACUCGUUAAUCCAGCCACGCUGCUUAAAAACAACUUGGCCUAACCUUUCAUUGAAGAAUGUAAAGAAUCCCUCCAUGAAGUGUCAACACAAUAGUUGUCUGUAUAUCAGUAAAGACUGCAGCAGGUGACCAGCAGUGAGUGUUAUGUGCAGAAUUCCUCGAACUCUCACAGUGGGAAGUUUUGCAGUGUGAAAAUGCAGAAGGAGUUUCUCCAGGAUGAAAACAGCCGACAGGGGGUGCUCGUGCACGCGUCUCCUCCCAACAUGUGACGAGGGAGCGAGCAUGUGGAUACGAUGAUGGAAGAAACUCGAUGAAUCGAGUAUUUCGAGUUUUCCAGUGCUGCUCAACUUUCAGACACGGUGUACAGGUUUUGAUGGCGUUGAAUUGAUGGGGUCUGAGCGUGCGACAAAGUGAUGGUCUAAGGACUCGGCAGUCACAGAGGUGCUAGCGCGUGGAAUGUUGCGCUGGUCGGUGCACCUAGAAGGAGGGCCGAGGAGAGUCAACCAUGCUGCUGUGGCUGUGGGGCACAAAGUGUACUCCUUUGGAGGCUACUGCUCUGGAGAGGACUACGAGACUCUCCGUCAGAUCGAUGUGCACGUCUUUAACACAGUGUCUCUGCGCUGGAUGAAGUUGCCUCCAGUGAGGACGGGAACACAUGAGCGUGCCUAUGAGGUGCCGUAUAUGCGUUACGGUCACACAGCUGUGCUGCUGGAUGACUCUAUCUACCUCUGGGGUGGGCGCAACGACACAGAGGGGGCCUGUAAUGUGCUUUAUGCCUUCGAUGUCAACACCCACAGAUGGUUCACGCCCAAGACUUCGGGGACUCUUCCAGGGGCAAGGGAUGGCCACUCCGCCUGCGUCCUGCGGAAGGCAAUGUACAUAUUUGGAGGAUAUGAACAGCUGGCUGACUGCUUCUCCAAUGACAUCCACAAGCUGGACACCACCACCAUGGUCUGGUCAUUAAUUAAUGCCAGGGGCAGUCCUGCGCGCUGGAGAGACUUCCACUCAGCCACCAUCAUCGGGACAAAGAUGUUUGUGUUCGGAGGUCGAGCCGACCGCUUUGGUCCCUUCCACUCUGACAACGAGAUUUACUGCAACAAGAUCAAAGUGUUCGACACAGAGACUAACUGCUGGCUGAGCACCCCUCCAACACAGCCAUCGCCAGACGGACGCAGGAGUCAUUCAGCUUUUUCCUACAAAGGAGAGCUGUACAUAUUUGGAGGAUACAAUGCUCGCCUGGACCAGCACUUCAACGACCUCUGGAAAUUCAAUCCAGAAGCCUUUUCCUGGACGAAAGUAGAGCCGAAGGGGAAAGGCCCAUGCCCGCGGAGACGACAGUGCUGUUGUAUGGUGGGAGAUCGAAUCAUCCUCUUUGGAGGAACAAGUCCCUGUCCAGAGCAAGGAAUGGGGGAUGAAUUUAACCUCAUGGAUCAUUCAGACCUGUAUAUCUUAGACUUCAGCCCUAAUUUGAAGACUUUAUGCAAAAUAGCUGUUAUUCAGUACAGUCUGGAGCAGUCGGGACUCCCACAUGAUAUCAGGUGGGAACUGGCAGCCAUGACCACCAACAGCAACAUCAGCAGGCCCAUCUUCUCCUCCCACGGUUGAUGCUACUGAACACGAGGCCGAACCUGAGCUCUGCUUCAGGACGCUGGGCUGUUCUCCUUCUAAUCAACUUGAGACCUGGACUGUUUUUGUAGAGUUUGGAUCUGUGUUGGAUUUAUUUUCCACAUUCUUCAAGUGAAACUCAUUACUGACCAAAAUACCCUGCCUAUGACUUCCUUGGACACUACAAGCUCUCUCAUGUCCAAGGAUAUUUUAACUCUUGAAAAGACGGUGGUUAUGUGAGACAAAAACGCUGACACGUGUUCAUCCUUUCUCUCUUCUUUCUAGCCUCUCUAGAAAAAUCCAAUCAGCCUAUGAUAAUCAUAGACUUCGAAUCUUAAGCACAGGAAGAGAUGAGAACUUCAGCCAAAGGUCUCGAGAGUGAACACUCAACAGAGCUCCCUGAAGAAACAAAUGUGAACCUUCUGUUGCAGAUAUAAAGAGACUGAGGUGGUUGUGAGUUUUUAUAUCUUGGUUCUAAAACCAUGGAAAACUACCACGUGUAUUUAAGGCAAAUGUAAUUAUUGUUCAGAGUAUACAGAGACGCUACUACUCUGGUAAAUGCAAGGAGAGAAUAUCAAGUACCACAAUGUCAGGGUACAACGCUUGCGAAAGGUUGUUUGACUGGUUUUCAAUGCUUGGCUUUCUUCAUCAUAACUUGGCUGCCCCCCCCCUCCCCCCUCUAUCUUAAGUGUUUUAAAGGUAAACUGCAAGGUCGCUGUCAGUCUUGCAAAAUAAUCAAGUCCAUCUACCUCCGCCAACAGAUAGCAUGUAUCAUUGAGUCUUUAAUAAGACGCCCCACACAUGAACCAUCUUCCCCUGAAAAAAAAGAAGAAGUCUUUUCACAGGGAAGUUUGUAUCGGUGGUCGUCUGUUUUUAUCUUCCAAGAAUUGUCAUAGGGUCCGUGGAAGACUGACUAAUCUGUCCCCCCCCCACCCCUUACUCCUGUAGUUUGUUUUUCAGUGCCAAAUGUGGAAGGGAAUCAUGAUGCAAAUAUACUGCGUACGUGUAGGAGCACAUGAUCCCAGCCCACCUGCUUCAGUUUGCCCCUCGUCGUCAUCAGGGAGAUCACCACUAAUGUAACUGUUCCUCUUUUAGACAAUCCUACAGCGUUCAGAAGCUCUCCACGUGACCCACGUCUUCAGAGUGCACAUGAACAUAAACCCGGAAAGCGCGCUUGCGUGUUUGUGUGCGGCUGCUAAGCAAAGCUACACCUGAGCAGAUGUUUGAAAUGCUUAAGGGCUGUUAUUGGAUUACACUCUUGCAGCUUGAAAAUAACACGAAAAAGCUCUAACUGGGGAUAUUUCUUCAGGUUUUUAUUUCACUGAACCUAAAAAACAUAGGAAUGGUGGUGGUCCUUUUUAAAAUUUUAUUACCAACCACUUUAUUAUUAAAAAAAGAAUUACAACUACAAUGAAAGGAAAAGAUUGAUGAUAUUCAGUAUUUUUGAUCCUGUCUGUGAACAGCUGGACACUAGUUUUUUAUUGUUACUCGAGGAGUAAAGAGGAUUUGUUGGAAACUAUUUCAGCCAAUGACAGUGUAUGUACGAUUGACUUACUUUCUUCAUUAUUGUGAAGAAACAUGUCACCCAGUGCAACUCUGUGAAUCAUUUCUGUCUUUUGAUAUUUUCUGUACAAUGUUGACAGUCUACAGAAUAGGAAAUAACAAGCUGUGGAUUCACAAAUGUUUUUUGUUGACAAUAGGAAAAUGUAGAAUAUCACCAGACUUCACCGAGUCUUUUACAGUCAUUCACCUUUAGGAUGAAAUGAACAACUUGGCGAUGAUGAAUACAGGCAGGUGACGUGUUAGAGUAUUAACACUGCCUUCUUAUUCUAACACCAUGGAUGAUAGUUGUAACAGUACAAAGUCCUAAACUUUGCAAAACUAAGAAGAGAACAGGAACCGUGUUACCACACACACUUGCAUCAGUCCUGGUCUCUGGGACAGAGCGCUGCUGUUUUCUGUUCUGUCAGAUGUUAAAAAUCAGUUUGGACCCCGAUCGGCUCGGUAGAAUCUGACUUGGGUCCCAAACAUCAGGACUGAAUAAUGCUGACCUACUUCCUAAUUGUUUACAAAUCUGUGUAUUUCAUGUAAAGCAGUGUGAAACAAUCUUAAAUGCAGGAAGUUGCCAGAUAACUGCACUAAAAGCCAAAACGUGGCAUGUCAGGCCUUACAGACAGGAGACAUGCUGAUGCUGCUUCUUGUCUACGUAGACUCCAGAGUUUGAGACAUUUAACUGCCCAAACCAAGUCUGAUUUUUUUAUUUACAGACCGGUGGUGCCGAUGCGACUCAGUGAGUCUCAUGAUCUCUGCACUGCAAAUGCACAUGGACAUAUCCCACACUUGAAAUCCCUCAGUACCCCAGUCACUUAGACUUUACAAGAGGUAAUGCAGUAAAACCACAGGGAAGCAAACUGUGUGUCUGCACACACACACACACACAUAUAUUUACAAGAAUAACUUGUGGUGAACAAAUCAAACUGUUAAUGUGACACCAAAUGGCUGUUUCUAAUGUGUGGUGUGGGAGUCAUUUUGAUCUUUUUGUUGCUUGAAGAUUAUGGGUGAUGGUAUUUUAAGUCAAGACCCUUUCAGGAAUAUAUGAAGUGAAUGACAAUGUAGACACUAUGGUCAAAAAUAAAAUAACUGCAUAAAACAAACUCCUCAGUGAUGGUCACUCAGUAUAUCGGCAUUACAUUUUAAUGGCAGUCAUGUAAAACCUCAUACGCGGCUUUCGCACCUUACAGGGCGGCUCUUGUUUUACCAAAAUAAAAGCAUUAGAUUAAAGCGCUCAGUUAUUAUUUGCCAAGCAGAAGUAUGUGAUCCAGCUGAUGUCAUGCCAAGAAGUGUAUGCUGUGUGUAGGGCUCACAAUAUGUUGCUGAAUAAUUCAUAACUAAAAUUAAUGGUUAUGAAAAAAAAUCAGAACAAAGUAUGGAGUGUGUUUUGAUUCAUUUUACAACUGUGCAGGCCCCAUGUUCUUUUUUUUUUUUACUUUAUAUUUGAACUUUUUUUUUAAAGGGGACUCUGAAUCUGUUGAUGUGGGUCAGGACUUCCUGUGCAAUAUGCUUUAUAACUAUCAAUAAAAAAACAAAACAAUUUAAAGGUUUGAAGUUUUAAAUGUGUUUUACAGUCGACUGUUUCAGACUUUGUCCAUGUUCAGAACUGGUGGAACUUGUUGUGUCAGUUACAAGUAACAGGUUAUAUCUGAUUGAGUAUAUUUCUCAUAUUGUCUUUAAUUCAGAGUUUCAGUCCCAGAUGGUGAAAUGUUUUUUCUCGUGUGCACAAAAUCCGAACUUGUUUGCAUAUAAUAAAUAACUUGCGUGCACAGGAUAACAAUUCAUGUGUCU